CCGGCGGCAGCGACAGUAGGGCCUCGAUCUCGCCACCUGAAACGCCUACGUAUAGACGUCUUCGCUCUCUUUCCAUCCAGCUUGCAUUCACCACGUCGCCUCCGGAUCUUGUCGCCCUUAAACAGUACACUCUUGCGAGCCAGCGCACAUCCCCAUUUGCCACUGCCCGCCACCGCAAUAAGCAAAUCGACAUCUGAGAUACUGGACUAACACGAGACACAGCGCUUCUCUCCAGCAAAAGGCACACCUAUAUAUCCAAUGACGCCCACAAACAACGGCACCUCAACUCCGGUUGUGUCCAGCGACAUCGCACCCAACUCUCGCAGCAUUAAUGAAAACACGAUCAUGCCCAGCGAUGUGAGCUCAGGCUACCAGACACCGGUGAGCGGAUUGAAACAAGCGAGCGCCGCAGAUGGGCCGGACUACUUGCAGAUGAUCCUCUCCUCGUACGUCUACGACGUGGCCACCGAAACACCCCUGACACAUGCAGUGAAUCUCUCGACGCGCACGGGUAACUCGGUGUUUCUGAAGCGCGAGGACCUGCAGCCCGUGUUCUCGUUCAAGAUCCGCGGCGCCUACAACAAGAUCAGCCACCUGACGCAGGAAGAGAAAGACCGCGGAAUCAUCGCCUGCUCGGCUGGCAACCAUGCGCAAGGCGUAGCUAUGUCGGCCAAGCACCUGGGCAUCAAGGCCACCAUUGUCAUGCCGAUCUUGACUCCAGCCAUCAAGUGGCAGAAUGUCAAGCGUCUAGGCGCUAAUGUCGUCCUCCAUGGCGCCGGCUUCGACGAGGCCAAGGUUGAGUGCAGCCGACUGGCCAAGCUCCACGGCUUCACCAACAUCCCGCCGUUCGAUGAUCCGUACGUGAUCGCCGGCCAGGGCACCAUCGGCAUGGAGCUGCUGCGCCAGAAGCGGCCGUCUGACAUUGACGCGAUCUUUGUUGCCGUUGGCGGUGGAGGUCUGAUCGCCGGUAUUUCGGCGUACGUCAAGCGUGUGUGGCCUGAUAUCAAGGUGAUUGCUGUCGAAACCGUCGACUCUAAUGCAAUGUGCCAGUCGUUAAAGCUGGGCAAGCGCGUGGUGCUCCCCGAGACAGGCCUGUUUGCCGAUGGCACUGCUGUGCUGCAGGUUGGCCGUGAGUGCUUCCGUGUCGCCAAGGAUCUGAUCGACGAUGUGGUGCUGGUGACUAACGACGAGAUCUGUGCUGCCAUCAAGGACGUGUUCGAGGACACGCGCAGCGUUCUCGAGCCCUCAGGCGCCCUGGCGUUAGCUGGUCUCAAGCGGUACGCCAGGGACCACAGCUACAGCGGCAAGAAUCUGGUGGCUGUGACGUCAGGUGCCAACAUGAACUUUGACCGUCUUCGGUUCGUCGCCGAGCGCGCGGCACUCGGUGAGCAAAAGGAGGUUCUGCUCUCGGUGAUAAUCCCAGAGCGGCCUGGCAGCUACCUGAAGCUGCACGAUGUGAUCUUCCCGCGUGCCAUCACCGAGUUUUCCUACCGCUACUCUGAUCCCAACAAGGCCCACAUCUUCAUGUCGUUCGAGGUCAAGGACCGCACAAAGGAGGUGCCAGAGAUCCUGAACGAGCUUAGUUCCAAGGACAUGCAGGCCAUCGAUCUGACGGACAACGAGCUGGCCAAAUCGCAUGCCCGCUACAUCGUCGGCGGUCGCAGCGAUAUCCAGAACGAGUACAUGAUCCGCUUCGAGUUCCCCGAGCGCCACGGCGCGCUGAAGAAGUUUUUGCAUGGACUCAGAUUCAACUGGAACAUCACGCUGUUCCAGUACAGAAACUUUGGCCAGGAUGUCGCCAAGGUCUUGGUUGGCGUCCAGGUGCCGCCCAGCGACGAGGAUAUGUCGCUUAAGCCCGGCGAGUUCCCCAAGGCAAUCCAGCAGUUCCUGGAUGAGCUCGAGUACAAGUACUACAACGAGACCAACAACCCAGUCUUCCAGCAGUUCAUGCGCUACUAGUGGAUUAGUUUCUUGAAGCAUGCAAAGUUAAAAAUAUAUACCGGCACUGCCUCAUGCUACAUGAAG